CGCGGUAGGACGCCUGUUCGAACUUUUAUGCUACAGAGAAAAAAAAUGUCGAAGUGCCUACGGACCGAAAGUGUAUCGCUUUAAAAGUGUUACUGUGGUAUUAACAUUUUAACAAAUUAAUUUUCUAUAGAUAAAAUCGUGAUUUGUGUGUCAAUCAUCAGUGAUAGUCAGUAUCAUCUUUCGUGAUAAUAGCUCAUCACUGUAUCAUCGUGAUAGAAACUUGGUCGUCAGUACACUUGAUAGGAACUAAUAGGUCGGGUUAUUACAAGUGAUAGGAACUGUCAGGGUUAUCAUCAGUUAUGGUGAUGGCCAGCGGCGGCGGUGGCGGGCUGGUGCAGUCCCCACCGGACAUGCUCCAUCACCACAACAUCAUGGACACAUCGUCCCACGUCGAAAUGAUGCCCAAGAAACUCCGUCUCUCUCUAUGCGUGGGUUGCGGCGGUCAGAUUCACGACCAGUACAUCUUACGCGUGGCUCCAGACCUGGAGUGGCACGCAGCCUGCCUCAAGUGCCAGGAAUGCAGGCAGUUCCUUGACGAAUCUUGCACCUGCUUCGUCAGAGAUGGAAAGACUUACUGCAAGCGAGAUUAUACAAGAUUAUUUGGUACAAAAUGUGAUAAAUGCGGAGCAUCCUUCAGCAAGAAUGACUUCGUAAUGAGAGCUAAAACGAAAAUAUACCACAUCGAUUGUUUCCGAUGCUGCGCUUGCGCACGACAACUAAUACCAGGAGAUGAAUUCGCGUUGCGAGAAGGUGGUGCGUUAUACUGCAGGGAAGACCACGAUGUGUUAGAAAAGAGUGCAAACACAAGUAGCAGCAGUGGCGCCAACGCGGAGAGUAACAACAACACCACGCUAAGCAACAAUAAUUCACAUCACCCGCACGAGCUUGGCUCCAUGUCUGACUCCGGCAGCGAGUCAGGCUCGCACAAGAGCGGACGCGCCCGCACCUCAAACGCGGCCGACGGAAAGCCCACCAGAGUCCGGACUGUACUAAAUGAAAAGCAGUUGCAUACGCUCAGGACAUGCUACGCUGCUAAUCCACGACCAGACGCGCUGAUGAAGGAGCAGCUGGUCGAGAUGACGGGCCUCAGCCCGCGCGUCAUUAGGGUCUGGUUCCAAAACAAACGCUGCAAGGAUAAGAAGAAAACGUUGCAGCUUAAAAUGCAAAUGCAACAGGAGAAGGUGGAAGGCCGUAGGUUGGGAUACAUGUCACUGGGAGUACCAUUAGUGGCAGGCUCGCCGGUGCGCCACGAGGCGGGCCCGUUGCCGCUCGAAGUGACCGCCUACCAGCCGCCCUGGAAGGCGCUUUCUGACUUCGCGCUGCACGCCGACCUGGACCGCGCGCCGCACCACAGUGCCGCCUUCCAACAUCUCGUCAGUCAGAUGCAUGGCUACGAUGUACCGUCGCUGCCUCCCCCUCGCCCUCAGGGAGGAGAGGAUAACUACGUAACGUACCUGGAGAGCGACGACAGUCUCCCACCCUCGCCCUAGUGCCGUCUUACAUAAUCACCUCCAUACGAGAGGGACGGAUGAUGAUUCCGAACGAAAGCGCAACGAACUGUCAAUGUCAAGUUGUAAUA